GGUCAAAUUUUGUUGACAAUACACGUGUCGUGUACAGAUCGACAUGACACACAUGUAAACAGAGAUAUAAAAUAUGACAUGAAGCACUAGAGUACACAAUUGGUUGCGUAGUUUUUCGCUGAUUCGUAGUUGGGGGAUUCCCGCAAUUUUUAUUUUCGUCCUAUGUGUGACGCAGUAGGGCACGUCUUGUGAACUGUGUCAAAAUGUGUCACAUCCAACAAACCCGUUCUCGUGAAAUAUUGAACCAGCCACGGGCUACACACUAUGGCUGUCGCCCUCAGCAAACCUAGAUUAGAUAACAGUCGUUGUUUUAACCAUGGUUUAUUUAUUCUACAUCAGCUAUGAGCUGGGUGAGGGUACACACCAGUCACAGCUACAAGUUGCUGAUACCGGCCAAAACACACCCAGCACAGACCUUGACCCGAUGAGUCACCACGGUGAGCUAGUCCUGGACCUGGCCACAGACCCGUGCCAGACGACCAGAGACCAGCUGAUGACCGUCGCCCAGAACCAGCUGACCAACAGCAGGCUAGGGCUGACCGUGCUGACCAGAACACUGGACGCCUCCACUCUACCGGACUGCCGGCUCAUCCGGUCAGACGAUAACCUUGACCUCCUGUUCAAGGCCAAGACCUGUCUAGACGAGGCAGGCGUGAGCGACUUUGUCCUGAUGACGAGCCUGGCAAUGAAGAAGUUCUGGGAGACGGCGUGCCUGCACGUGUUCUCGCACGUGCACACCUGGCAGGUGACAGGUGUAGACGUCCAGUCGCAGCUGCCAGCCGUGGAGCCGUGGGAGCUGGAGCAGGUGGAGACCGGCUUCAAGGAGUACCUGAAAGGUGUGGGGCGCCAGGAGCAGGUGCAGGUGUUGAGGAGUCACGUGAUACCUGCGGACAGGUUCAAUGCAGGUUUUCACGAGAGGUUUGGGGGCGUGUCCCAGCUGUCACCUUUGACCUCCCUCAACAUGCUCUACACCAUACGCAAGCCUGACCCUGUGUUGGUCAUAGAAGAGAACAGAAGGCGCCUGGCGGAGGCCGCGGGGUUCGAACCCGCGUCUCUACGGGUAGCCAAAGUAGAACACGAUAAAAAUAUUUGGGUAGUUGGUAAACCCCCACCCCCAAAGUUUGACGGUGUGGUCACCAAUAUACCUGGGGUAACAGUAGCAGCUCCGGGGGCGGACUGUGCUAUGAUUUUAUUGGCUGACACCAAAACAGGUGCCUGCGGUGCCGUGCAUGCAGGGUGGAGAGGUACCACAGUGGGGGCGGUUCGAGCCUGUCUGCAGACAAUGGUGGAGGAGUUCGGGACGGACCCUCAAGACAUCCGCGCGGCCAUUGGUCCAACUAUUGAAGGCAAGUGCUUUGACCUUCCAGCCAGUGAUGCGGCACCACUCACUCGCCUGGAUCCAGGGCUGGUCUGGGGGUCAGCCCGGCACCCUGACUGGGUGCACGCCGACCUUGUGCAGGCCAACGUGCUGAUGCUACAGCUGGACGGCGUGCCGGCUGGCAACAUCGACACCAGCUGCGCCCUGUGUACAGUCUGCAACAAACAGUUCUUCUCGCACCGUAGAGACAACAUCCCAUUUGGCAACCAGAUUGGCUUCAUUUCCUGCCGGAAAUCUGGCGGUGACAAUCUUUGAUCUCAUUCCUUAAGGUUAGACAAACAUUCAUAUGACUUGGAAGUGUAUUAUUUAUUACAAGUUUUAUAUGCAUAUCUCAGUUUUGACGAUAGUUCAAGAUAUUUUAAACUGCGGGUAAUGCAGGUGAGGUAACUCAUAUAGAGAAAGUUUCCCUAACUGUGAUUGCAUGGAGAAAAGUUUACCAUUGUAAAUCUUGGAAGACGUUUGAAAAAACAAUUCGAGUAUAUACCAGGCAUACUAUACCCAAACCUCAAACUUAAUUCCUAACAUCAUUUUUUUUCUUUUUGUUCCUUGUGGAGCAUAGGACCUCUGUCAAAGCUUUCCCCUCCCCACAGUCUAUAGCCACUCCUUCAGCUGUUCCCAGUUCCUUCCUACCCUCUUAGCAUCAACUGGCACACAACAUUACCAUGUCUCCCUGGGUCGACCCCCUGCAUCACGUGACCUGGGGGUCCAGGGCUUGUCUGGCUCUAUUGCCAGGAGUGCUACCAUAGAACUCAAAUUUCUGACCCUAGCAUUACUGAUGUAACAAUACUCGGAGUAAACAGGCCUAUUUAUAGAAGUGUCAUUGUCAGGUACUUGUAGUAUCCAAAGAUUUUUUUAGAUAUAAUGAGUCAUUUUUUUGUAUCUUCGAAAGUUUAAUUUCUAAUCAAUGCUAGAUUUGGUGGGUGUCUUUGAAAUAAAAAUAUUUGGAUGUUCUUUAGCUGAACUAAUUGUAUUGAAUGUUUCCUUAUCAUCUGAAAGUUUUAAACUAAGUUUAAUGUUUUAUUUUGUUGACCAAUGGUCAUUAAUGCUGUUACCAAAUGGACAUGACGUGACCUUUUAUUUAAGUCACUGUAAAACUAAACAGAUUUGAUCUGAUAAAUGUAUGACAUAUUUUCACAUGUCAGUUAUCAGUGUUUGAUGUGUAUUUACUGUGUAAAAUCACACUCUGUUCACUUCACAUUUAUUUGUGGAGUAGUUCAAGUUUAGCAAAGUUUGCUAAAGUUGUAUUUUUAUUUAAGGAUCUUUGGUGUUAUAUUUUAGAAUUUAUUUCUUACUUUAAGCUUGUCACACAAGAAAACAAUGGAUAGUUUACAGAAAGAAAUAAUUUGAAAUUAAUGUUGUCCAAUUUGGCAAGCAACAAACUAUUAAGUUUAUCUGGCAACUACUUGCUGAACAGUCUUUAUGAAAAAAAAUUGUAUUACAUUUUUUAUAAUUAAAUAAUCUGUCCUAUUUUGAUAAACCACAAUUCACAUUUUCACUAAACACUAGGAAUCACUAAUUUUGAAACAAAUAUUUGAGCUAUAACAAUAUCUAUUUAAUUUGAAAACUUAAUUUAAUAUGAUAUGGUAAUUUAGAAAUUAUAGUCAGUUUUUUUACCUAGAUAAGCAAAUAUAUUUAUGUAUACUGAUGUAUUUCAAACUAUAUGUGAAGUAUAUGUAACCAUAUUUUGUAUGUAUGUAACCAUAUUUUGUAUGUAUGUAACCAUAUUUUGUAUGUAUGAAACCAUUUUUUGUUUAUGUGUAACCAUAUUUUGUAUGUAUGUAACCAUAUUUUGUAUGUAUGAAACCAUAUUUUGCUUAUGUGUAACCAUAUUUUGUAUACUUAUAUGCUUCUACUUGUCUAAGCUUAUUAUCUGGCUGGCCAGAUAGAUUCCAUAUUUUAAUCCACUUUUUUAUCAUCCCAUAUGAAAAGUGAUAGAGUUUUAUUUCUGGCUUUUUUUACUGGGCCAUGGUCAAACUGAGAGCCUGACCCAUCAGUUACAAUAAAGUUUAGUAACCAGUCAAAACUCUUGUCAAAUAAUUAAGUCAUCCAACCCCCCCUCUCCCUCUUCCCACUACCUCCCCUCUUCCCACUCCCUCCCCCUCUUCCCACUCCCUCCACCUAUUCCCACUCCCUCCCCUCUUCCCACUCUCUCCACCUCUUCCCACCCUCCCCUCUUCCCACUCCCUCCCCUCUUCCCACUCCCUCCCCUCUUCCCACUCCCUCCACCUCUUUCCAUUCCCUCCCACCUCCCACCUCCCACUCUGUCCUCCCAAUACUCCCUCCCUUUAUAACCCCCAGCUUACCAUCAUUACUACCUCCACAUAUUACCACCUCAUUACCCCCCCCCCCCUCCACAGUUCAAGUACACCCACUAAGUGUAUAUAUAUGUAGACCACACAUCCUAUUGGUGAUAUUUUUUUAAUGCAACUAAAUGUCAACAGAGUUUAAAUUUGUUGUCUAUAGUUCACACUAGAGCAAUUUGUCAUUCUUUUGUUGUGUCAUAGUUCAAGAGAAUCAUAAAAAAUCAGAGAUGAUCUUUUAUGAGAAAAACUAAAAAUAUUUUUAUAGCCCUUUACUGUAUUCAGUUAUGAGAGAAAUUGCUGAUUAUACAACAUAUACUACAUGUAUAUAUAUAAAUAAAUAU